CUGGUGCCUUCCACGUCGAGAACAUAGUCUAUGCUAUGUACAGGGAUCAGUUCCGCCAAUGGACGUGCGGGCGGGAUAAGACUGUUUGCAAACCCCAAAGCUUGAUCAUGCUCACUGCCCUCGCAUCCAGGGCUGGUGACGAGCUGCUCACCGCAACAGCUGCCCGAGGUGAUCGAACUGUACAGUGGAAAGACCCGAAAGCUUUUGGGUUUCCUGCCUUCACGACAGGAGUUCACGUCGACCCUUCCAAAGCCGCCAACAGUAGGCAAAUUCACUCGAUUUUGGACAAGGGGGGGAAGCAGAUUGGUCUCCUCACUACCCUAGCUCCGCACGGCCUGCGUCGUGGCGCGGCCAGGGACCAAGCCCAUGUUGAGCCCACCGGGAACGGGUAUACCUCCACGCUGGGCGAGGUCCAGAACCUCCCCUCUCACUCACACGACGCCUUCCAACGUGGUGUGACCAAAAGCUACGUCGGCCCUAGCGAUCGGGAUGAUUGGGCGCCACGCUUGAAAAACGCUUAUUUCGACCCCCUUGUCAUGCCGGCGAAGGCACCCGACGCCAGCGCGUAUGUCGCCCCUCGGUGGUCCAAAGCAGACAUCGACCGGCUCUGUGCCGAGUACAAGCUGCCCUCUGAUUCCAAGUCAUCACGAAUGAAGGCUGGACGAUUGGGUUUGAAGGCACUCCAUGAAGCAUGGAUCGAGGCACAGAAGGCGGGUCGGCAUAGCUCCUUCUGA